AUGACAUCGAUCUUCCUCUCCACCAAGCCCAAAGGCUGGGGGCAAAGGUUCUCGAGGUCUCCGGAUGAAUAUGUUGAGUUCUAUGAAUGCGGGACAAGGCUGUGGAAGUUCAAGGGUGAGGGACAGGCGACGGCCAAGGAGGUGUUCAUCAGGAACCUGAGGCUGCUGGAGGGCGAGCUGGGAGACAAGAAGUACUUCGCCGGCGACGCCUUCGUCUUUGUCGAAAUCGCAGUCAUCCCCUUCAGUUUAUGCCACGUCCACGGCCUCGGCCACAUCCUCGACCAUAACCUCGGCCUCUUUGGCUACAAUUUUCUCCACCACCUUCAUUAUUUGGAGAUUAUUGAUUGGUUCUACAGCUAUACGACCUACGCCGGCUUCAGCAUAGAGGAGGAAGCGUCGAAGCUGGUGGCGUAG